AUGUCUGGUGUUUUGGCUCAGCAUCAUCCAGCGCAAAGGGUGUAUGUUCCAGGAAGGGAAAAGGAGAAGCAAACUGUUGAGCUGGAGGUCUGCAAUCAGAGAAUGUUCAAAACCGAAUUGCGUAACAAAUGGCAAGAGACCGGGGAAUGUCCCUAUGGAGAGAACUGCCAAUUUGCUCAUGGAAUUAAGGAGCUGCGCCCUGUACUUCGCCACCCAAGGUACAAGACUGAGCUUUACUCUUCCUACAGCUAUGGCGAUUAUGCUGGUCCAAACACCUAUUACACUACCUCUCAGCUGUCUGAACCUGCCUUCUACAACUAUUACAAGCAUGGUUAUGAGCGUAGCAGCCAAGAUUAUGCUCAUUUUAUUAAUUACAGUACUGUUCAAUUUGGGCAUUCGCCCACUUCUGGCAGCCGGGCUGGCUAG